GGACUACCAGAUAGAUAACAACAUGCGACAGCCGGAGACGUGCGCCGCGAGCUGUUUCUCUCUUUUGUUUUCUGUCUUGCUUUUGCUUUUGUGAUUCCAGCUCUAUGAGGUAAAUUAGAGAGCAGCCGACGGUUGGGUGAGUUGAACCAGCCCAGGCCACAGGCUGGCGCAGCUCGAGACAAUUUCGGUGGAGGCUGCUGCAGGAAGGAAAAUCAGCCGUUUUGCUGCUUUAUCUCGCUGCCGGGGGCGCAAAUGUCCGACGGCCCGUAGCUGAUAUUAGUGUAAAUGUAGUUGGUGUAAUGUAGAAGUAGAUGUUGAAGAGUAGUUGCUGAAGGAGUUGCACUCAGUGGUCGAAGUGCGCUCUUCCUCACCGCUAUCACCACUUCUCUACACAACUCUUACACCACUCUUAAUACACCACACCCCCACCCCCACCACAAUGACCCUCGAGAAACUCGAACGCGGCAUCCAAACAGCCGUACAAGCCCGCGACCGCGACGAGCACGAAAUCUCCACCUUCCUCCUCUCGCACUCCCCCGCCUUCAACUCCCUCGUCCGGCUCUCAUUCGAGCGCGUCUGGCUCGCGCGGCAAUCCUCCGCGCUCGAGCGCGAGCGGGACGAGGUCGAGCAAGAUCGCAUGCGCCGCGAGGGAGAGCGGACGCGCAUCGAGCUUAGGAACGACGAGCUCGCGCUCGCGAGACGGAAUCUGGAGCAGCGCAGGCGGGAGUUGGAGGAGAUGAGGGCGCAGCUGGAGGUUACGAAACGGGUGGCGGAGGAGACUGUUUUCGAGGUCGCGUUGCAGCGGCGGAGGAUAUGUGAGGAUCUCGAGAAGAUCUAUCCGAUUGAAGCUAUCGUCGGCAAGAGCCUGGCAUUCUCAAUCCGCGGCAUCGAGCUCCCAAACACAGACUACAAAGGCUUUGACGAAAACCUGCUCGGCACCGCGCUAGGCUACACCGCCCACCUCGUCUACCUGCUCUCGUUCUACCUCAACAUCAAGCUGCGGUACCCGGUCUUCCCCGCCGGCGACAAGUCCUACGUCGAAGACCCCGUCAGCGUCUUCCAAGGCUCGCGCACGUUCCCGCUCUGGCCGCGGGGGUCGGUCUACUACCGCUUCGAGUACGGCGUGUUUUUGCUAAACAAGGAUAUCGAGCAGCUCAUGAACUCGCUCUCGUUGCUCGUCAUCGAUCUCAGACAUACCCUGCCGAAUCUAAAGUGCCUGCUGCUCUCGAUGGAAGCAAACGGAUGACAACGACUUCGGGGGUUCAGAGAUUAGCCCCCGGGGUUAGAUCAUUUGUUUUGGUGUAUAUAUUGUGGUCAUUGGGUUGGUGUUAUGC